CUUUCUCUUCCUUUUUCCUUUCCCUUUUCCUUUUCCUUUUUCCGUCCUUCCACUCUCCUUCGUUUUCUCUGUUUUCCACUCAUUGUCUCUGUUUUCCACGCAGACCUGUCUCUCCUCCCUCGCGCUCUCUCUCCCGCUGUCACUGUGCAGAGCACUGUGAACACACGGUGCACAGUCCUCCCGGCAAACCAAGUACACCACCAGCUUCUUCUCGUCCUCGCGAACCCAGAACAAGCAGCCUCGCAUUGAAUUUCCUUUCCGACGACUUUCCGACUAUUUUCCGUCCAAACCCAGGCGAGUUAGCCAUUGUGAAGGGAACCAAUCUGUUCGUCUCGUUCCAAGGGAAACAACAUUUAAAUAAUCAGCUCCGUUUCGCAUCCAUGGCCGCUCAAUCUCCGAACAGUUUUAGCUUGAAGGCAAUUGUGCACAAGGACAGUAACAGAGUUCUCUUCGUAGAGUCAGAUAAUUAUUUUGUUGAUGUUCUCUUUAGUUUCUUGACAAUGCCUAUGGGGACAAUUGUUGGGCUUUCCGACAGUCAUUUGCCUCCAAUGCGAGUCGGUUGCAUGAACAAUUUAUAUGAAAGUGUCGAGAAUAUUGAUCUACAGCUUUUGAAAACCGAAGAAUGUCGUGCCAUGUUGUUGCAUCCUCGCAAUGCUGCUGAAUCCCUUUUAAGGUGCCUCAAAUUGAAAAUUGAUGAUAGUGAGCCCAUGCAUUACUUGUGCGAUAACCCGUGUUGCACCUUCUAUAGAAACAGUUUUAGUUAUUAUGCAAGUGUUCCUUGCUGUGGUUGCGGCAAGCUGAUGGAUCUGGGGGUCAAUUUUUUAGUAAAAGGCGGUCGAGUUGGUGGGGUUUUUGUGGACGGACUAGACAAAUUUAUAAUUAGUGAUGAUUUACAAGUGAUGCUCCCGUUUACUUCUGCGUUCUCUUCUUAUCUUUCGAAGUGUGGAGUCGUGGAUCUAAAUGAUAUCGAAGAGCUGACAUUCAAUGUAGGAGUUGAUGAGGUUGUGAGUCUGCUAAUGGGUUCGUUAGUCUUGAAGACACCAUUUACUGAAACUCUGCUGAAGCCUAAACCGGAAUCCCAGUUGGUUGAUAUCAAUAAAGCACGUGAGCAAAAAAUAUCUAUAAUUUCUAAAGUGGCUAGAGGCACCAAUGAUACCGAAACAAACGUUGUUGUUAACCUUAUAAUUAGCAAAUCUACUAAGAGGGUUUGUUAUGCAGAAGCAGGGGCGGAUUUUGUUAAUCUUCUUUUCAGUUUCCUUGCUGUUCCACUUGGGUUUAUACUAAAGCAGAUGGCGGAUGAUUCUUGUUGGACAGGAUGUAUCGAUAACUUGUACAAGAGUGUGGAAGAUAUUGAUGGGAAAUACCUGAAGUCAAUUGACCACAGAACAAUGCUGCUUAAUCCCAAGCUUGCCCACGGUUUUAGCUAUGCUAACUAUCCUUUCGGGAUUGAAGAAGCCACCAUAUACACCCCUAUAAAAUCAGAAACACCAAUUUUUGUUGACCCCAAAUCUCCCUAUCAUGAAGAUGGAUGUGUUGAUGGAUGUGUGGAUGGAUGUGUUGAUGGAUUCUUGAAAGAUCCAGUGAUGUUCAUGGUAACUGAUAACCUGAUCGUACGACCCCUAUCACCAAUGUUUGGCUUGUCCAUUCUGAAGCAAUUGAAUGUGCCGAUCACUGACAUUGAAGUGCAAACUGUGAAUCUUGGCAAGGUGGAGGCUGUGUGUCUUUUGGUAGCUGCCCUUUGUUUUGAUUCACCUCUAACUGGUUUCUCUAGGAUGACAGAUCAAGAACAAUGAGGAUCAUGGUUGCUUGUUUAUCUAAUUUGGAAGAUGAUGUAUCUUUUGUCGUAGACAUGACAAGUUCGAGUAGAUGUUUUGCUGUAUGCACUGAAUAUAUGAAUAUUUGUUAUGGAUUUUAUGUCUAGUUGGUUAAUUAUUGCUCUAACUUGUAUAA